GACAAGACGGUGCUUAUAUAAGACAUUGUUUUGUCUCUCAUUUUCUUCGCUCUAAUUUUUUUCCUCAUUCUUGAACUUGUUUGUUCAAGUGUUCUGCUUCUGCUUCUGCUUCUGUUUUUCUUCCAAAUAACAGAGUCAGAAAUAACGGGGGUUUGAGCCUGUGACUGACAUUUUUCCAGCUAGCUCUACCUCCAUUGUUUUGCUUGAACCAGAAGCAAAUUCAUAAACGAAAAAAAAGAAGGGAAAUAUUCCAUCUCUUUUGUCAAAGAAUGUCCUUUAUAUCUGAGCAGAUCUAGUGGGUUGUUUUCAAAACCUGUGUACAAUCAACUUUCACUCUUGUUCUUAGCCUCCCAUCUGGUCCUCCCCUGUUUAUUGCUUCGUUUUUUAUACUAGGAAAAAGUUCGGAAAUGGAUCGGCUUUCUUCGACGACUAUUCUUCCUGAUACAUUCCAGGGGACGAGAGAUGAUUUCUCCAUGCAAAUGGAAUUGCUUUGGGGUCAGAUCAAAGCGCCAUUGGUGGUACCAUUGUUGAGACUUGCGGUUGUCAUUUGUUUGAUCAUGUCUUUGAUGCUUUUCAUUGAGAGGGUUUAUAUGGGCAUAGUCAUACUGUUGGUCAAGCUCUUUGGUCGAAAACCGGAGAGAAGGUACAAAUGGGAACCAAUAAAAGAUGAUGUUGAGUUGGGAAACUCAGCUUAUCCCAUGGUUUUGGUUCAAAUCCCAAUGUACAAUGAGAGAGAGGUUUAUCAAUUGUCAAUUGGAGCUGCAUGUGGCCUCUCAUGGCCGUCUGAUCGGAUCAUUAUUCAAGUCCUUGAUGAUUCAACUGACCCAACAAUUAAGGAUUUGGUGGAGUUAGAGUGCCAAAGAUGGGCAAGCAAAGGCAUCAGCAUCAAGUACGAAAUAAGAGACAAUAGAAAUGGCUACAAAGCAGGCGCUCUAAAAGAAGGCAUGAAACGCAGCUACGUCAAACAAUGUGAUUUCGUAGUCAUUUUUGACGCUGAUUUCCAGCCAGAACCUGAUUUCCUUUGGCGUACCAUCCCUUUCCUUGUUCACAAUCCAGAAUUAGCUUUGGUUCAAGCUCGUUGGAAAUUCGUGAAUGCUGAUGAGUGCUUGAUGACAAGAAUGCAAGAAAUGUCACUGGAUUACCAUUUCACUGUGGAACAAGAAGUGGGGUCUUCCACCUAUGCCUUCUUUGGCUUCAACGGAACUGCUGGAGUGUGGAGAAUUGCUGCUUUGAAUGAGGCAGGAGGGUGGAAAGAUAGAACCACAGUAGAGGAUAUGGAUUUGGCAGUCCGAGCUAGUCUGAAAGGCUGGAAAUUCCUUUAUCUCGGAAGCCUAAAGGUUAAAAAUGAAUUGCCUAGUACCUUGAAGGCUUAUCGCUACCAACAGCACCGGUGGUCUUGCGGUCCUGCUAACCUUUUCAGGAAAAUGGUGAAGGAGAUUAUUACAAACAAGAAAGUUUCCUCGUGGAAGAAGGUACAUGUAAUCUACAGCUUCUUCGUGGUCAGAAAGAUUGUUGCCCACGUUGUUACAUUCAUCUUUUAUUGCGUUGUGUUACCUGCAACUGUUCUUGUACCUGAAGUUGAGGUUGCAAAGUGGGGAGCUGUUUAUAUUCCUUCUAUCAUUACCAUUCUCAAUGCAGUUGGAACUCCAAGGUCACUUCACUUGUUGGUUUUCUGGAUCCUCUUUGAAAAUGUCAUGUCAUUGCAUCGGACCAAGGCUACCUUCAUUGGCCUGUUAGAGGCUGGUAGAGUAAAUGAAUGGAUUGUCACUGAGAAACUAGGAGAUACUCUCAAGGCUAAAGCAGCCACAAAAACACCCAGGAAACCUCGUUUCAGGUUUGGAGAAAGACUCCACUUGUUAGAGCUUGGUGUCGGAGCUUAUCUCUUCUUCUGUGGCUGCUAUGAUGUUGUGUUCGGGAAAAACCACUACUUCAUAUAUCUUUAUGCCCAAGCAAUUGCCUUCUUCAUCAUGGGAUUUGGAUAUGUUGGCACCAUUGUCCCCAACUCUUAGCGCAACUCCUAAGGUAUUCGUUUGGUGUAAUUCUUUUGGCUCCUAAGCAGGUCAUUCUCUACUUCAGCAACUGAACAUGUGGCGAUUAUAGGGACAUUUUCUCGCAAUUUAGUUUUGUAUAAAAAGACAGGGUAAAAGACCGGUUAUUCUUUCAGGUUGAGUAUAAGAAUUAGAGUGAAUUACUCGAAACAAGUUAGUUUUCUUGUGAAUAUCCAAGAAAUUAAGGAAAAUACAGAACAAAUGUUGUUAUGGUAAUGCAUCAUACACAGAAGAUAAGGAGCAAAUGAAGGCAGUUUCAGGGUUUGGACCCCAAUAUAGGAAAGAUUUUUAGAGUGAACUGUUUGCAAAUUGUGAUUUCUUUUCUCUUUUUAGCUCUCUUCUUUCCCUCCUCUUUACCAUUCUGUUGUCUUUGAGAUUUGUUUGAGAAGGAAUAAAAUAAUGGGAAAAGAGUAAUUUUCAUAGUUGAUUCUCCAUUUAUCUGUGUCUGUUUGUCUAACCCUCUCUCACUUCGUGGAAGCAUAAUCCAGAGAAAAUGCUGCCAUAGAUAGAGCAAUCAGGUGUUGAACUUCUAUCCAUUUGAUCAAAGAGGCUAUGAAAAAUAAUAGAAUGCAUUAUUUUUGCUAAAUCAAAUGUCAAAAAACUACUCAGCCUACAAUUUUCAGGUUUUUCACUGUUUGCUGUAACAAGUAAUGGCCUCUUUCAGCUCAACUCAAACCAACAUUCCAAUGUAAGCGUCAGGUGUGAUGUCAGGCUGAGAGUAGUUGAUAUCAAAACCAGAUGAAAAUUUGGUGUAUCCAAGUGGCUUUCCUCAAGGGCCAACAAAGUCCAAGUUGCCAACCAGUCACAUUUAUCACGUUACAUUAAUGAUUCGAUAAAUUGGACAGAAUGAAUUUAUAACCUCAACAAUACUGGCUAUAAAUCUCGGUUGUACCAUGCCAGCUUUUCUCUGGUUACAUCAUGAAACUUAUCACCGACUUUGCUUUCCACAGAUGCCCUGGAAAGACAUUAGGAUCUUGAUUAUUAACCAGAAACAGAAACACGAUCACAUCCUGUUGACACUUGACGGAACCUGUGGAAUUUGAUCACCAUGGAGACCAGGAACUACAGCUUUCUAACAGAAUUACGCAACUUUUCAAUUGAGGUUCAUUUGUUUGGUAGAAAAUAAUUUUUGAAAAAUAUUUAUAUUUCUUGAAUUGAAA